CAGCAGGCUGUGGGUCUUCCGUAUUUGUGGUGAACUGUCACUUAAAUACUUCCAUGCAUCUUUCCACUUUCUUUUGAUCCACACAGGCGUUAACAUCUUGGUUCCUAAUUUAAUCAAUUUCCAGAGACCAACAUGAGUUUCUCUUUGGUGCGCAAACAUCUCAGCCAAAUGGGGAGCCUUAGGCCCAGAGCGGCCCUGGAGCGAAGCUAUAUACCCAUGGCCGGUCCACCGCGUUUUCCGAUGAGUAGCGCCCAACGCUUGAUCAUUGGCGUCGGAUCCCUGGUCAUCAUGAUGAUCAUCCCCUACUGGUGCCUCUUCAACAUGCCCAGAUGGUCGAGGAUGCACCUGGGCCUCCCGCCCUUGGAGGAGCAGAAGGAGGAGCCCCCACCACCGGAGGCACAGGAGGAAACAGACAAGGACAAGGACAAGAAGGAGAAGGACAAAAAGGAGGACAAGAAAAAGUAGAUCCUGGUCCAAAGACACGCAAUCUUUCAAACGGUGACUUCAGAGCUACUCUUUUACUGGGGCCCCACACUAAUAUUUCAGAAGUCAUUUAGAAUUAAAUCCAAUUAAUUAAAUAAAAUUCAAUAUUAGCCCUUUUCGAUGGACUGGAAAAAGUUGCAGCAGCGUGGAGCAAUUAUAAAAACAAUCACAUAUUAAAACUGCGAGUUAAAUCGUUAAACGAACGCA